AUGGCUACUUUCGCACUCCCAGUCUUGUUGCUGCUUCUUCCUGCUCUUAUUUUGUCACAGGACACAGUCUCAGGGUGCCCGGAUGUUGACCCAACCUUGACCCCGUGGAACCCUGGGCAUGACCCCACCGCGCAGGUGGUUGUGGGUAGAGGACAGAACUACCUGCUCCAAUCAUCUGCCACGUUUUACUCACUCAACAUCAAAGACGGAGGACGAGUUGUGUUUGCUGACUUUGGUUCCGCAAGUUCUGACGAGAUCGUCCUUCGGUCCCGUGAGGUCAUCGUGGGGAACGAUGGCGAGUUCCACAUCGGCAGUGAGACCUGCCCGUACCAGGGGAAGGCCACGGUGUCCCUGUACGGCCGCAAGGACGACCAGAAGAACACCAAACAGGUCCUGGUGAGCGCAGGCGGGACUCUGGAGAUCCACGGGCAACACAAGCUGGCGUGGACACAGCUCACACAGACAAUUCCGGCAGGAGGGCUGCCUAAGGGAUCGUACUUCUACACAUCCGCCGGUAAGGGAUGGGUCCGUGGCAUCCACAUUCGUGUCAUCGACGAAAUAACCGGGGCUGUGGUAGACUCCGCCAGGUUCGACACUUACGCCGACGAGGAGAACAGCCGAAGUUUGGCGGCGUUCAUCGACCAGAUACCUUCGGGUAAAAUCGUGGCACUGGCGACAUUUGACGAACCCUCCCGUCGUCUAGAGGACACGGCAAAGGAGAAGCUCAGAGAACUUGGAAGUGUAGAAGUGGAUAACUUGGGACUCAGGAAUCCGUGGGUAUUUAUCAGUGUAAAGGGAGACCCCAGCGUUGCCGUUGAACAAAGACUCCCUUACAUAGACACCCAGACCACCGGUACCGCCACAGUCACUGCUGCCUUUGAUGCCUUCUUUGGGUCCUUCAAAGUCGUCCUUACCAGUAAAUGGUUGGCAGGAGGAACAGAAUGCACUUUUUCCAUCGAAUCAAAUGUUGACGAAUACGUCAUCAACCUGAAGGAUGACGUGAGUUCCUGGCAGCCUGGGGACCACAUCGUGCUGGCCAGCACGGACUACAACAUGGAGCAGGCAGAGGAGUUCCAGCUGCUGCCGUGUCAGGAGUGCUCAGACCACCAGGUCAAAAUCAGCGGUAAAAUCGAGUACAUGCACUUCGGUGAGAUCUCGGAUGACGUAGACAUGCGGGGAGAGGUUGGUCUGCUGACCAGGAACAUCAAGUUCCAGGGGGAGGUAGAGGACAGAUGCUAUGGGGACAACUACUGUCAGUUCUUCGACUUUGACACAUAUGGAGGGCAUAUCAAGGUUCUGGCAGGCUUCAAGAACGUGCACCUGUCCGGCAUCGAGUUCACCAGAAUGGGCCAACAGGUCCAGGGCAGCUACCCUGUCCACUUCCACAUGGCCGGAGAUGUGGACGAGGUCGGAGGCUACAGCCGCCCAACGUACGUCCGAGAGCUGUCCAUUCACCACUGCUUCUCCCGCUGUGUGACCAUCCAUGGGACUCACGGGCUACUGGUCCAAGAUACAGUUGGGUACGACACUCUCGGGCACUGUUACUUCUUGGAGGACGGCUGGGAGCAGCGUAACGUUCUGGACCACAACUUGGGCCUGGUGACCCGACCCGGCACCCUCCUGCCCAGCGACAGGGACACUAACAUGUGCCGCUCCAUGACAGACGGUGUGUACGGGGACUAUGUUCCUCAGGCAGGGGACUGUAAUGGUGCGUCCACGUUUUGGAUCGCUCAUCCGAAUAAUGACCUCCUCAACAACGCUGCUGCUGGCUCCCCGGUCAAUGGAAUAUGGUUCAUCUUCCACCGAGAGCCUACGGGUCCUUCUGCCGGGGCUCUUCCCAGGUUUCAGGCGGAGCAAAGCCCGCUAGGACGGUUCUACAACAACAGGGUGCACUCCAAUGGAAGAGCUGGGUUGAUGUUGGAUGGCGGAGUGAAAACCACACAGGCCACCGCAAAUUCGCCGAAUGAGUUCCUGUCGCUAGGAGGGGCAAGGUACAAACCUCACCAGAACGCCGACCUCUCCCAGCCACGCGUGCCGGCCAUGAUCGAGGGCCUCAUCGCCUUCAAGAACUGGAUCUGGGGCUCCUGGAUCCGGGGUGGGGACAUCUGGUUCGACAAAUGCGCUUUUGCGGACAACAGCAUAGGACUUACCAUGGCGAGUGAAGGCGCCUUCCCUAACGACGAGGGAUCGACCCAGCGGAUCUGGAACAGCAUCUUUAUCGGCGAGAGUGAGAACGUGGGCACGGAACAUGGGGCCAGGGUCUGGGGGAUGGGCGGGGUCAAACCGGUCGAAAGGAGCCUGGUUCAUAGCACGAAUUAUCCAAUGGUGGGGAUAGACGUGUACGAUGGUCCAAUCUUAGCCGACAGCUGCACCUUCAAGAGAUACGCCACAGCACCGGAGUACGACCGCUGGUCCAGUGCUAUAGGGUUUCACAGAACCAACACUUGGCAAAAUACUCCAACCAGUAACAUCACAGGGGCCAAAUUUGAAAAUGUUCAAAGCCGAGUGUUUCUCGGUGGACGGGGACUGCCGUAUUUUGGUAACAACGACUUAGACGGCGACAAGACCAACAUUCUCCACGACCUGGACGGCAGCACCACCGGCUACCCGGACAGCUACAUAGUCGGGCCGGACAACUACCUGGUCAGGAACCCGGGAUGUGUGGAGAAGCCGGAGUGGCACGGUGUCUUCUGCAGAGGGAAGUUUGCUCAGUUGUGGGUCCAAGCCAAACUUCCAAACAGCCUGGUUAUGUCGCUAGUGCGUGACGAGUAUCCGGACCAUCCAAUGACACUGAGAGGACCCCUAUCUCAGGCUAACGUUUACCAACAGUACCAACCUGUGGUCACGCUGGACACCUCCUACACCAUCCACUGGAACGGACGGGCUCCAGAACAGAUCUUCCUCUACCCAGUGAACUUUAACAGUGGCGACUGGGUCCGAGUGGGCCUCUGCUACCCACCAGGCACCACAUUCCGGGUGAAGUACCAGCUCCAUCAGUACCGAACACCCUGGGUCACGCUGCAGGCCGAAGAUGCCCACCCCGCGCACAGCCUGGCCGCUGUGGAGGCCGGCAACGGCAAACUCUUCUACUUCGAAGAAAGCACAGGCCUGUUGUUCCUGAAAGUCCGAGCUAACUACGACCGGGAAGGUGACGGCUACUGUUCACACAUGGGCUGUGAGAGGAUCAAAAUAAUGGCCUCCAUGGCAAGUGAUGUGGUCAGCGACUGUAUGGCCAAGGCUUAUCCCAAGUACAGCCUGACGCCGACAGAGACUGUCCCCAUGCCGAGCUUCCUGAGUCUGGUCAACGACUGUACAGGAUGUGGUGCUCCGGAUCCAAUCGUCCACGACGCCAACCAGAAGUUCCUGGAGGUGACCGUGGUUUCAGCCGGGUACAACGAGAUGCUGCAGGGUCAUACGGCGUUCAUAGAGAUAGACGGAGCGCGGUUCGGUAAUCAUUACCGAGGCUUCCGCGUCAUCGCCGUUGACGCACUGACCGGUGCCGUGACGCAUCAGAUGACGUUCGACACCUACGCACAACCCACGGCUGACGUGGCGAUGGCGAACUUCAUACGGAACGACAUCCCGCAAAAUUCCAUAGUGCUGGUAGCAGUGAAGGACGAGUCCAGCGUGCACGCACGAGAAUGUCUGACAGCACUGAAGGAGAUCGGAGCUCAGGAGCCCGUCAAAACUGACCUCAGAGGUAAUUUCGCCAUGGUUGGGUUUAAGGGGACCUUUUGGCCCACCUGGGUCCAGCAAGUCAACCUGCCGUCCGGUCAGGGUCCGGCACAGAUCUACACCAAGAUCCCGCUCAUGGGCUGAUGAUGAGUGAAUAUCAUGGUUGAGUCAGACAACCAUCACAGAUGUUCAUUCAUUCAAUAAAUGGGAAUCAUAAAGCAAUGCAUCCUGACAAGUCUUUUUUUAUCUGAUACUGACAGGUGGGACAAGAAGUACUUUUGACAGAUAAAUAAUGCAAGUACAGCAAACCAUGCUUGGAGAAGGAACAUUAUAAAAAUGUUUAAAUUGUUGGAAUAUUUCAGCUUGCUGCCAUUGACCGUUGUGAGAUGUAGGCUUAUUAUAAGGAGCAUAUUCUGUACGUUUUUUCAGUUUACACGAGACGUGUAUUUCACCUCUUGCUUACAAUUAUGACAAACUUCCGUCUGAAGUGAAUGGACCUAAACGAUCAGGAACUGAACUAUAAGAUGACUUUACUGUUCGACACAUCAUAAGAAUUCCUCCUUUCUUACACCUGGAUGACAAUCAACGAA